UUCCUCCUGCUCUUCUCCCUCCUCUCCUCCUCCUCAUCUCCCUCCUCCUCUCCCUCCUCCUUCUCUCCUCCUCCUGCCGGACGCCCAGCUCCACCUCUUCCUUCGCCUGGAGCCGCGGGAUCCCCGGCCAGAGGCUGGCCAGCUCAGCGCCAGCAGCAGCAGCACCAGCCCCGGCUCGCCUCGGCUGCCUCCCACUCGUCUCGCUCGCUCGCUUGGCGCUCCUCCAGGACCCCGGCCGGCUCUCCCCCACCCUCCCCGCCGCGCAGCCUCGGCUCUCCAGCCCAGCGCCGCCUCCAGGAUCCCGGGCAGAGAAGGAGGAGGAUAGCCCCGCACGUGGGCCAGGCGGAAGGGAGCCGAGAUGCCGGACCGGCCGGGCUGAGCCGGCGGCGGGCAAGCCGGGCAUGAGGCGCGGGGAGGAUCCGGCCCGCCUGCCCUGAGCCGCCCCCGACAGAGCCGCCCGCGAUGGCCGCGCAGUGACUACUCCCAAGACCUUGAACAAUGGCCGACCCAAGUAACAUCCAGUCUGCGGCUUCUAAGAGCAUCCGUCCAUUCCGUUCCAGUGAGGAGUAUCUCUACGCCAUGAAGGAGGACCUGGCGGAGUGGCUGAACACCCUUUACGAUCUGGAGGUCCAGGUGGAGAACUUCAUGGACGUGCUGGAGACGGGCUACGACCUCUGCCAGCACGCCAACAACGUCAACCGGAUCGCGCUGGAGUUCCAACAGUCGAACCCGGAAGCCGCCUCCCACAUGCGCAUCCCUCAGAAGGAGGUCAUCUUCCAAGCGAAGAACGUGGUCCCCGGCUCGUUCAUCGCUCGCGACAACAUCUCCAACUUCAUCCAGUGGUGCCGUCAGGAGCUGGGCAUCCAGGACGUGGUGAUGUUCGAAACCAACGACUUGGUGUUGAAGAAGAACGAGAAGAAUUUCGUCCUGUGUCUGCUGGAGGUAGCCCGGAAGGGCUCCAAAUUUGGCAUGCUCGCUCCCAUGCUCAUUCAGAUGGAAGAGGAGAUCGAGGAGGAGAUGAGGGACCAGGGGGCCCGUGGGGAGUUGAAGAAAGAGCAGGCGAUCCGAGAUUCGGGGCCCAACAAGUCUCCCGCGUACCUGAACAAAACACCACGGAUAGCCCUGUGUGACCUCAAGAACCUGGAUGAGCUGGUGAGUUUUUGCAUUUCUGUUCUCCGCAGCCACGUGAUGGUGCGUGUAGGAGGGGGCUGGGACACAUUGGAGCACUACCUGGAUAAACAUGAUCCCUGCCGCUGCACUUCCGUCUCUCACCGUCUGACCCAGAGUCGGGGGCUCGGCUUCUCCCCCCAGAAAACGAGUGGCCUGGCCAGCCCCCAGGCAAACAGCCCCACCACUCAGCGUCGGGCUGAAACUACGGGCCUGCAUAAAGUCUCCGAGACCCACCACUUGGGGGAGAAACGGCUCUUGGCUGGAGGGGACCCGUCUCUCCCCAAAGGAAACCGUCCCGUCCCUCCCACCAAGAGGUCUGGGACGGCUACCCCGCCGAGGCAGGGAUCGCUGACUCCAUCCAGUGGGAAAUGUAGCGCGUCAGGACAGAGGGGUGCCAGCCCUUUGAGGGGGUGCACGUCCCAAGCCCACCAGGACACAGUAGAUUCCCACCUUUCAGUCAGGAACCCCAGGGCCCGGCGUCUUUCUGGAGACAGCGACUCCUCCUCCUCCUCCUCCAGGCACAGUGCCAGCUUGGGAAGGAAGCGGAGCGAAGACGCCAGCCUAGCACUCAGGAAGGAGGCAGGGAGGCGUGUCUCUGAGGGACCUGCUUCACAGCUCCACGUCGGGCCCAAACGGCCGCCAACCAGCCGGAGUCAGUCACGAGACCGUCUCAGCUUGCCGAAAACCAUGGCGGUGCCUAGGAAGGUUGAGUCAGAAGAGCGGGGCCGUCCUCGCGUGACGAACCGGCCCAAUAAGCCCGGACCGCAGAGCCCUCGUCCCCGGGCCCGCAGCCAGGGAAGGCCUGGAGGGGAGCCUGUGUUGCUUAUCAGCCGAGCCAAGGAUGGACAACAUUCCUGGACACGAGCCAACGAGACCAAGGAGAACGCCGGGGGUUCUGGAAGAAACACCCCCAGGACCAAGAGCCCGGCAAGGGGUCAGCUGACCCCGGUGGGUUCCCGUAGCCCUGCCCCCACCAAGCGCCGGGGUUCCUUGCCCGCUACCAAAAUAGCCAAUCCCUCCAUCCGAAUGCCUCCACCGGCCCCAGGACGUCAGCGACAGCCCUGCUUGACCGGACAACGUGGGGCCACGAGGCAGCCCCAGUUGGGGCAGAGCGGGCCUUCCGGACAGCCCGACGACCCUUUAGGGCAAGAGUUGGCAGUGAUGGCACAAGCUUUCCGCACCCCGCUGCGCCUCGACCCGAGCCAGGAGCAGCAGCUCUACCGGCGCCUGGAGGAAGAAUUCCUAGCCAACGCUAAAAUGAUAGGUUUGGAAAUGGACGAAGAGCUGGACCCGGGCAGCCAGGCCUGCAACGGCGCCCGGCUCUUGCCCGCGAAUCCGGACCAAGGGACCGCCGAUUCCGCCUACUGCUCCUCCAGCUCCUCCUCUUCCUCCCUCAACGUCUUCAGCAAGUACGGUCUCCAACCCGAGGAGUCCAAGCGGAAGGCAGCCCACCAGACGGCCGGCAGUUCCGAGCCGGUGGAUUUCCACAAUGGCUCGGCAGAAGUUUCCGAGCUCUGGGACUCAUCCGGUUACCGUGACCGAAGGAGCCGCUGGAGGAAACCGGUCCUUUCCAGCUCAUCCGAUGAAAGCAACUGCUACCUGGGACUGAACGACGUCCAGGAGGUCCAGGAGGGUCUGGAGCUGGGCGAGACUCUGGUGGAUAGCCCCUGGGCCUCUGGGGAGCCGGUCCCUUCCCACACAAAGCGGGGAUCCUCCCUCCAGGAUGUCCUGGAGACCCUCGACACAUCCCCUUUGGCACAGUCGUCCCUGAGUAAUCCCGACCUCGUGCCUUCCAUCGACAAGCUGAAGCUGCGCCCGCAAAUCAAACCCCGGGCCGACUCCCAACCAGACAAGACCCCAUCAAAAAUCCCUACUCCCCUCAGCUAUAAGGCUUCCGGAGCCCAGAAGGCUCCGGCGGGAAGCACCUCUGCCAAGGACAGUCCGGGCAGAGGUCGGUCCGAGCGCCGGGGAUGGGCGGCCUUCCACAACAUCUUCUCCUCGUCCUUCGGGGAGUGUUCCGGCGGUUCGGUGGAGUCUGGCGUGGCUGAUGAGGGGGCUUGGGCCUAGGCACCAGUGGACAGCACCGCCUACGCCUCCUCCUCCUUCCCCCCCUGCACCCGCUUCCAUGGUCCGGCCCUGUCCUUCUAGCUGCUUCCGUGGACCCUUUCCCCGUGUGACUUUAUCAUAUGCUGCUGUGCAGAAGAGAGAUUUAUUUUUGGGUGGUGGGAGGAGAGGGGGAUGGAGGGAGGGAUGGAGGAGGGGCGGGUCAGAAAGCUUUGGAUUGCAAAAGGAGAUUCAUCCUUCUAUAUUUUAUUUUUGGAACGAGAGGCCGGAAGACGGCAGAGCUUAAAUUGCGGGACCGAGAGGUUGGCACUUAGGUUGUGUGUAUGCAUGUGUUGUUGUUGUUUGGGGGGGGGUUGCGUACGUGUGAAAGGCUUGCAUGGGGAAGUCCUUUAACACUGGAGACUAAAGGGAGCGUCAGGGUUAAUAUUCACUCCCUUGGUCAAUCACUGUCCAGGUUCCGCCAUCAUGGUGUUUCCCUCUUAGCUCAGCGCAAGCAGUCCUUGAUUUACCAACAUAGAAACCGCAACCUGUAUCCCUAAGUGACACGGUUGGUAACUGAGCCAUGUCCGAUGUUACGACCUGUUUCGCCACAGUCAUUAAACGAAUCCACCUGUCCCUAUUAACUUCCUCAAAAUCCCCCUCCCCGAAAACAGCGAGCAUCUGAAGUUUAAUCACGGUUCGGCUGUGACUCCGUUGUAAGUCCCAAUUUUCAGUGCCAUCGUAACUUGGAACAGGGUUUUUUUUUUCAAUGGUCGUAAGUCGAGGACUGUGUGUAGCACAUCCGCGGGUUCCAACAACGUUCUUGUUUCGUUUGGACAGAAAGUCCAGCACUAAAAGUGUUUUUUUUUUUUUUAAAUCAGGGCAACCUAGUCAAC